AUGGCCGACACUGCUUAUGAUCAACAGUUGCAACAAGCUCAGAAGACAUUCGAUGAGGGUAAAUUUAGCGAUGCAGAGAGUAUCCUUCAGGGCAUGUCGCCAGAUGAUCUGAAGAUUUAUUGCAACCUAGUAAUGGUUCAGUAUUUGCAAGGGGAGUUAGAUAUCGAACAGGCGAUUGCUAAGCUAGCGCCACCUUCCGACAGUUCGGACGUGGCUACUAACAGCAAUAAUAGGAAAAACGGUGCUGCCAAAGCACGAAAUAUCACUUUGUUAUACGAAGGCCAUGAAACGGCUUUCUAUAAUCGUGCGGUUCUUUACGCACGCGCGGGGUUGAUCCUAGAAGCCGCUGCCAUUUUGAGAAGCAUAUUGGCAAUGUCCAAGUAUAUUUCUUUGAAGGUCCUUACAUAUAGUUUAUGCCUGUUGCAUACGGUCACACGGCCUGCGCCUAAGCUGGGAGGUUCGUCUCGUAGUAAGGAAGAUGAAGAUUUAAUCCAAAGUGUUCUCAACGAGCGUAUGGAGGAUAUCACCAAGGACGCGGAACUCCUCGCUUUGGUUACUGCAGCCUUCGCAGAUUCAAGUAGUGUGCAUGAAGCGUUUAAGAAUUCGAACAAUAACCCUAUGGAGCAGUCGAUAUAUCUUAACAAUUUAGGAGUCUUUUUGAUGGGUGAUGGGAAGAUCGGCACUGCAGCUCUAUGUUUCAGCAAGGCGAUGGAGACGUCUGGGCAGCAGCCCAGCUCUCAGUUUAUUCAACAGCCUGUUGCCUACAACGCGGCUCUGUGUGCAUUGCUGAAUGAGGACUAUGAGGAGGCGAUUAAGCACUUACUUUCUGUGCAAGCUGUCAUGCGCAUCUCUCCUUUGUUUUGGGUUCGCUUCGCAGAGGCCGCGAUUGGGUUAGUCCAGCGCCAUUUCCGCGCGCGCCAGCGUGAGGAGUAUGAACGGCAGCAAUCGGCCUUCAGUGCCCUCCUCCAGACCGGAAAGGUUUACGCUAACUUCGAGUUUAUGCUCCUCCCAGGCGCUGCCACGGUUACGGGGCCGAUGCAGGAACCUCUCAAGGACAGCCCUGCAUAUACGGCCGCGGAGCAACAGGCCGCGGUCGCGAUUCGAAACGCCCUCUUUCUUCUGAUUCCGAAAGGGCAUUCCCUAAGCUCGGCGUUGGACGCGUUCCCGGAGAUGGCGCAAGUCUUACAGCAUGCCUCGCUGUACUGGGUUGCGCUCGAGUUGUUUCGCAAGAACUAUCAGGCCACCAAUGAGGUGGGUGAACAACUACUUAACACUCACGAAAAGCAUCCCCUUCCAACUACAGUGCAUGCCACCUUGCUAUCGUACAUGGUAGAGGCACUCAUUCAUUUGAACGAUCCGAGCUGUGCGCUGAAGGUGUUGCGACGUGCCUCUCUGUCGUCGCUGAUCAACAACCCUGCAACGGAAAGCGUUGAUGUGGCACAGCGAAGUCGACUGGAGGUGCUUUUCAUCAAUUUGGCGGUUACCCACGUGUUGACGGGAUCCUGGAAUCAGGCGCAUGUGAUCAUGGACUCGGUGCUGGCCAAGUUGUACGAGGCGGCGCCAUCGGCGUCCAACGAGUAUAGACCUGAGCGGGAAGCCCUGUUCGCGUAUCAGAUGCUGGCCAUCUUCUUAGAUUUAGCGCAAGGGAAUCAAGAGAAGGCUGCGGAGUGGCUUACUAAGCUGAACUGGCCCUACUAG